CCCUCCUGCGGAAGCACCUCGGUGGACAGCGCCACGUUCGCCAAAAAACGGGACAGGGCCUCCUCGCCGGCGUGGGCCUUCUGCUGCGCAACGCCGUCAAUCUCCGGGAGACUGUCGUCCGCGUCGGAGUCAUCCUGUGUUGCAGCCGCCGAGUCAUCAGCCUGACCCAGAAGCUCCUCCACGUUUGCCCAGCGGUUUUCCUCGUUGGCGCCAUGUGUCGCGGCCAGAUACUCCCGGAAGGAGAUCUUCUUCAUCACAAAAUCCAGCAGCUUGCGAGGCGCCGAGCGAUCAUUCCACUCAGCGAGCUUCUGCCGCGCGGACUCGACCAAUCCGACAAACGUACACAGCCCGAGAUUAGCAGGCUUCGACAAGGGUUUCUCGGUCGACCGGCGACCCUGCGCAACGUCCUUGACAAACUCCCACAGCGACUUCUUCGCCUUCUCCGCACCCCCCACCAACAACCGAAUCGUUUCAUCCCCGAUCUUCCGCGAAGGCACAUUGAUCACGCGCAGCAAGGCAUCGGUAUUCCCAGGCUGACUGACAACGCGCAGAUAAUCCAGCAACAGCUUAAUCUCGAUGCGGUCAAAAAACCGCAACCCCCCAACCAUCCUAUACGGCACGCCCUGCUUCCCCAUCUCAGACUCAAUCUUCUGCGACAGCGCCGCCGAGCGCAGCAGGAUCGCGAAAUCCGCAUAAUUCAACAUCCGCCCGCUCAUCGCCACACACCGCCGAAUCUCCAGCACAAUCCACUGCGCCUCGGCGUCAGCCGUCGGCAGCUUGCGCAGCACGGGCAUCGUCCCGACAGAGUGAGUCGGCAUCAGCGGCUUCGGCGGGCGCGAGGUAUCCUGCUCGAUGACGUCCUGGGCGGAGCGGAGGAUGGCGCCCGACGAGCGGUAGUUGUCUUCGAGAAGUACGACAGCCGUGUCUGGGUAGCGGCGCUGCAUGCGCGUCAGGUUGAGGAUCUCCGCCGAUCGGAACCCGUAGAUGCUCUGGUCGGGGUCGCCGACGACAGUGAUGCGCCGCUGCGCGCUAGCCAGCAGAUUCAUCAGCUCGUACUGGAUGUGGUUCGUGUCUUGGAACUCGUCGACUAGCACGGCUUGCACGUUGCUUACGCACGCUGGGUGUCGGCGGAGUAGCUCUGCGCAGCGCACUAGCAGGUCGUCGUAGUCUAGUAGGUUCGAUGCCGACAGAUGAGACUGGUACUCUCGGAAAACCUGAAUGAACUCGCGGUGCUCGAGGACCUUGGACUCGCUGCCUUGUUUCGCAGGCGCGAUCUCGUCCGGCCCGAUGCCGCGCGCUUUAUGGUGGGAGAUGCGGGAGCGGACGGCGUUGGGCUGCAUAGCGGAAUGGAGGCGUUUAAGAAUCCUCUUGAUAAUCCCCGAACUAUCCCCCGAAUCCGCAAUCCCAAACCCCUUCGACACCCCAAUCAGAUAUCCGUAGC